GGGAGAUUUGUGUGAUUCGACUUUUAAUAUGGCAAAUUCUGAGGGGCCUCUUCCUCCUUCUUUCACGGUCACCUGUUAUAUCAUCAGGUAGUUAUUCAAUCUGAAAAGUGGAUUUGGACCUAGUCACUUGCUAAGAGAGAUAAAGGCGGGGUGUUAAGAAGCACUUCCUGAUUAACCCAAGAUUGGCCAAUCUGAGGCAGGACUCCAGAUAAAAGCUAGAAGGGAACUGGAAGGCAAAUCAUUGAAUUCCCACAUCUUGGGGAUCUUAUUCUUGGGAACCAUUAUUGUAGUUAACAACCAUGUUACAGCUUUUCUUCGAGUUACUGGCUGCUGUUUUAUACAUGGCAUCUUCAGCCACUGCAGCAGAAGGAGAAAGAGUCCUGGGAGGAAAACCAUGUCUGCCCAAUUCCCAGCCAUGGCAGGCUGCCCUAUUCUCAGGAUGCAGGCUGAUCUGUGGAGGGACGCUCAUUCACCCAUCCUGGGUGCUCAGUGCGGCCCACUGCAGAAAGUCAUCCAUUUUCCCAGUGCGUCUUGGAGAACACCAUCUGAGGCGCAUAGACUGGUCAGAACAGUUCAAGUUAUCGUCAAAAGCCAUUGUGCAUCCUGAGUACAACCGACAAACCUUGAACAAUGAUAUUAUGCUGGUUAAACUGCUGAUCCCGGCUACCUUAAAUGACAAAGUCAAAGUCCUGAAUUUGACUACCAGCUGCCCGGAGCCUGGAACCAAAUGCCUCAUUUCAGGAUGGGGUACAACAAGUAGCCCACAAGCCAAAUAUCCAGAUGUUCUACACUGUGCCAACAUCACCAUCUUCAGUCACAAUGUUUGCCGAUUGAUUUAUCCCAAUUAUAUCAAUGAAAACAUGGUCUGUGCUGGCAAGAUGGAGGGAGGAACAGAUACUUGCCAGGGUGAUUCAGGUGGACCCUUGGUCUGCAAUGGGAAGCUGCAAGGCAUUGUAUCCUGGGGCCCUUACAUAUGUGCCCAGCCAAAUAAGCCAGGAGUUUAUGUUAAUGUCUGCAGAUAUACUGACUGGAUCCAGGAGAUUAUCCAAAAUAACUGAGGAGCACGGGACAAUUCUGAACAAACUCCAAAGGGAGAGGAAACUUUGCUUCUCUUUUUGGUCAAAUUGGCCUUGUGUUAUAUUGAUGGUGCUUUUGAUAUGCCUCUGGAGCUAUUAAAAUGUGAUUUAAUAAAAGCCAUGUUUGUGGCCAA